GCUGGGCCGACCCCGCCCAUUGAAAUUCUAGUAGUUUCUAGAGCCGCAGAAAGAACGCCCUCCCCGAAUCAAUCUUGCUCUCCAAGACAGACCUUCUUACUUUAUAAUUAUCAAAAACCGAAAAUUGGCGACCAAGAAACUGACAACAGAUCAAACUAAUGGAAGCACAAAAAAGUCAAGCAGAAAAACAGCAAUCACCUGUUGCCCCAAACCCUGCCAUGGCUUCAUGUAGAAAGAAGAAGAAAGAUGGUGCGACUUUCUUGGAGGAUGUUAAGGAUCACAUUGAUGAGUUUAUCCAUGCAUCAAUGGAUGAACACAAAACUUGUUUUAAGAAGACCAUCCAAAAGAUGUUUGGAAUGUCAAAAAUUGUGGCAGAAAGGAAUGCUGACACCAGUGGCGUUGAAAGCUCCCUGCCCCUUCAAACAACAGUUUCAGACUAGAACAUCUUUCCUCUUGCUAUCUUGCAACAUUUUCUAUUUAAUUUUGGUGACAAUAAUGAACUUGUAUUAGGUGAAGAUGUUCAAAUUGUAGAUCAACUUUUAUCAAUAAAGAUGACCUUUGUGUGUA